UGACUGGCUCAUGUGAAUGGCAUUGAUAUAUCGAAGUCCAUGCUGUUUUUGUGUCAGUCGGUGGUUGUUGGUCGAAACGUAAAUUUGACACGCGCGGGAAAUGCGAUUUUCACCACGACACGUAACGUGUUUAUUUGUUGUUGAUGUGACUAACCGCAGUAAUUAAAAAAUAAUUUGGAAAAGUAACAAGACGACUUUUUCGAUAACAAAAAAAAAAUUAUAAUAACAAAACCUUAUCAAAAGAAACAUUGUUUAAAAAGUGCAAUUAAUUAACUAAAUCAUUGGUAAUUACUUCACCGCGGCAAAAAGAUAACUGUGAAAAAAAUUAAAACAAAAGCAAAAGUGUGCAAAAAUUUACUGAGUGCUCAAUUGAAGUUAAAAUAUUCUGUUAAAAUGAUGACCACUUCGACUCCACAUCCCAUCAUGGCGCCCGUUAUGCGUCCUGUGCAGGAUAGCUCCGUCUCAAGGCCACGCGCCGUCUACAGCAUCGAUCAGAUCUUGGGUACACAAUCGAAGAGAAGCGAUUCCACAGAUUCGUUAAACAACCAUCAGCUGCAUGCUCUGCAUAACAACAAUAACAAUUUAAAUAGCCACCACAAUCUGAGUAAUAACUCUAGUAAUGGCAGCAAUGGUAGUAACAACAAUAACAACAACAUUAAUAUGAGCUCAUUGCAUCAUAGUCAUCAAUUGGCGCAACGCGACGAAUCGCCCACUAAUAUGGACAAUGGCCUCGAUGUUGACAAUGAUGAUGAUUUUUCGAAUAGCUUAAAUAACGGACAUGAUUUGGGUGAUAUGGAAAGACCGCGAAAAGUUCGAAGAUCACGCACAACAUUUACAACAUUUCAAUUGCAUCAAUUGGAGCGCGCCUUCGAGAAGACUCAAUACCCUGACGUUUUCACAAGGGAAGAUUUGGCGAUGCGUUUGGAUUUGAGUGAAGCACGUGUACAGGUUUGGUUUCAAAAUCGUCGUGCUAAGUGGCGCAAACGCGAAAAAUUUAUGAAUCAGGACAAAAACGGAUAUCUGCUGCCCGAUCAAGGCUUGCCCGAUUUUCCGCUUGGUAUUCCCCUUCCACAUGGCAUCCCCGGCCACCCAGCCACAUUGCCACCUGAGUUUUGGCCACCACAUUUUGCCUUACAUCAGCACUUCAAUCCCGCUCUGUUGCCACCCAGCCUUAUGCCGCACUACAAAUUGCCCAAUUUCCAUACGCUGCUCUCACAAUACAUGGGUUUGAGUAAUUUGAAUGGCAUCUUCGCUGCUGGCUACCCGCAAAAUCUAUCCUUACACUCUGCCGCACAAGUUAGUCCGCCGUGCAGUAAUAGUCCGCGUGACAGUCCACCUACUCAACAACAAUCUGCAGCGGCGCUCGCGUGUCUGGUGCCCACAUCAAUGGUGGCGGGUGGUGGUGUGACGUUGACUUCAUCGGCCGCAGCCUCGCCCAAGAGUCCCAUGGCGCCAAGUGUGGCGAGCAGCGCUUCAACGCCUGUAUCGGUGGUGACCAAAACUGAGGAAUGAACAUAACUGCGGCGAAGUUGUUGUGCGGUGACAGUUGAAGGCUGAGUGCAAAUCUUUUGCUGGGCGAAUAGGCGUUGUACAUACAUAUAGAUAUGUAUACAUAAAUCGGUCAUACGUGCCGUAUAAGUAUUUUAAUUGCUAACUAAUUUAAUUUGUAAAUAUAUUCAAUAAAUAAUUUAAAUGCCGCAUGUAGUGCUAAGGGUUUGUAAGUUUUAAGGACAGAAUAAAAAGUGAUAACGACUUGCUUGCUUAAGGAAGAAAUGUACAUUUGUAUUUUAAUGAGCAUUUAAAGAAAUGAAAGUAUGCAAAUAAUUCAUGCAACAUACAUUUAUAUGUACGUACGUACAUAUAUGCGUAGAUCAGAUACGUGAUUUAAUUACUUAACCGAUUGAUUGCCAAACACGAAAAGAAUGAACAUCAAUGAAGUAGUGAUAAAUUAUAAGAAUUAUGAAUAGACUAAAGUUAUUG